AUGCCGUCUACAGCAUCGGCAACAACUAUGAAUCAUGAAAUAUUAGCUAAUCAGCAUCGAAGGAUAUCCACCAGUAGCUAUGCCUUGUAUCCGACAGCAACAUCCACAGCAACAACAGCAUCAUACUAUCUACCGCCUAUCACAACAAACGUAUCAUUCUCAUCCAUUCUACAUAAAAAAGUUCUCGAUCAGUCUGAACAACAAUGGGAAAGUGAUGUUUCACAAUCGGCUAUAAUCAUCAAUGAGAAGCAAGUGACUAUACCAUCGCCAGUGAACAACAGUGGUGAUCACCAUAGUAUAGGAUCCCAGUCAGAUGAUCAAACACCUACACACAUAGUUUCGCCUGAAGCGAUUCGAGAAGCAUUGAAAGAAGAAAAAGAAGAAGCAAUGGGCCAUAGCCAACGAAGACCUUUUUCGAAAUUCACAUCAUUCCAUGCCUUAAAGCAACGUCGUUAUUCCACAGAUCAAUCUCCUUCUCCACCUCCCCCUUUCCCUCCUGUUUCUGCCUCUUCUGGUAUCAUCAAUGCUGCUGCUGCUGCUGCUGCUGCUGCUGCUGCUCCUCCUCCGUCACCACCAAGCUUUACAAUUCCAUUCAGUCCACCUCCUUCCAUUAAAGCAAACCUAAAUUACGAUGACUUUGACGACAGUAAUAGUCAGAUUGAUUCUGAAGAAGCUGAUGCUUUAACGAAAGAAGAAACACAUGUGCCCGAAGAGCCAGACACACCAUGCCCAUCCAAUCGACCUACCAUUGCACUGGAAAAACUAAAAAGACCACCGAAUGCUUACCUGCUCUUUAACCGAGACAUGCGUCGCAAAUUGCUGAAGCAAUCACCCAAAAUGACAGUUGCUGAAAUCAGUAAAGAAGUGGGAGACUGGUGGAAAGCCUUACCAGAUGUCGAACGAGAAUAUUACGUCAAAAAAGCAUCGAUACUAAAAGAGGAGCACUUGAAAAAGUAUCCUGAUUUUAUAUAUACCCGAAGAUCAAAAGCUCAACUAGCAGAGGCCAAAAAAACAUCGAAAUUAGGUCGAAAGUUAAAAUCUAAAAUUGUACAGAAAUACGAAAAUCAGCAACCAGCCAUGCCAAAUAACAAUGCUACAUUUGUUACUACUACCGAUGCUGCAGCAGCAGACACACCAACAGAAAAAAAUGCAGCGACAACAAGAAAAAGAUCGAGAAAGUUCAAUGCUUCAGGUGGCCAAAGGGAUCCUCGAGGCAGGAAGAAGAAGAGACAUAAGCACCCAUUUGCACCUAAACAUCCCAUGUCUGCUUAUUUAUACUACUUGGCAUCUGUCUAUCCUCAAGUUUCUUUAAACUUCCCGGGCUCUACGGUCGGUCCUAUCAGCAAAUCCAUCUCAAAGACCUGGCAUGCCAUGUCACCCGAGGAGCGUUUACCAUGGAAGCAAAAGGCGGAUUCUGACAAGGCGCGGUAUGCUCGGGAAAUGCAAGCAUACAUGGCAGCAAACAAUCAUUCAACACCAGCAGAGGAGGAAGACGAAGAACCAAAGAACCGAGUCUCUGACGAUUCUGAUGAUGAAUCAGGGGAAGUAGAUGUUGAUGUUCAUAUGCUAGCAGCAGUAGUUAAUAUGGUCAAUACGAACCCCAACGAUGGCAAUUUGAUGUAUCAUCGUAGAUGA